GCGCGCGGUAGUUUUGGCUGCGACGGCAGGAAGGAGGGGAGGAAGGAGGAGAAAGCAGGGACCAGAAAUAAUAAUAAUAAUAAUAAUAAAAAAAAAAACAGAGCGAGCGAGCAGAAGAAGCAAGCCAAAAAAUAAAAUAAAAAUAGAGCGCGCGCGCGAGCAGGGCAAGCCAGCAAAGAAAAAGGAGACUCGAGCGCGCGUGCAAGCGCAAAAGCCAGCCAGGAAGGAGACGGCAGAGGCGCGCCCGCGCGCCCGGGGAGCCCCCCGCAUGGCCACCUCGGGAUCCGCAGCCGUCGGGGGCCCGCGCCCCGGCACCGACGAGCAGCCCCCGCCGCCUCCGCCCCCGGGGUCCUCCCAGGCGGCCGCCCCGCCAGCUCCGGGGGACCCGCAAGCAGCGCCCCCGCCGCCCGCGCAGCACCAGCAGCAGCAGCCCUCGCCGGCCGAGCCGAAGUUCCAGGCGCCUCCCGCGCAGGGGGGCCCGGGCCAAGCGCAGCAGCAGCAGCAGCCACCGCCGCCGCCCGCCGCCGCCGCCCCGCAGCACCCCGGCCAGGAGGACUACUCCUUCCUGCCCCUGGUGCACGACAUCAUCAAAUGCAUGGAUAAAGACAGCCAAGAUGUCCACCAGGUGCUGAAUGAGCUGAGGACCAAAUUUGUGGAGAUGCGCAAGCUGAUCAAGACCAUGCAGGGCGUUGGUGUGAGCCCUGAGCAGCAGCAGCAGCAACUUCAAAGCCUCCGCGAGCAAGUGAAGACCAAGAGCGAAUUGCUUCAGAAGUACAAGAGCCUCUGCAUGUUUGAGAUCCCCAAGGAAUAAAGAGGAAGCGACCUCGGACUCUGUGACGCGGCUCCUCUUUCUUCUCAGAAGUGGCCCGGCGCACUGCAGCGCUUCGUCGGUGCCGAAGCAGGACGUUUUGUGCCGGACUCUUGGUUCUUGCAGCUCACAAGCGUCACUGCACCGCCCUGGGUGGAAUGCAUUGAUGUGUAUGUUUGUUUCUGUUUCGGCGUGAGUUUGAGGGUGCUGGAGCUGUUCCUGGAGUGUACCAUCUCUAGUUGUACGUGGAAGGGAUACUCCCUUGUCUUAAAACACAAUCAUUGCACACAGAAAACUAGAGUGCCAGCCUGGUCUCCCUGACAUGCUAGCUUUUUAGGUUCGAGGAACUGGUGUUUUUCUUUGUUUUUCAAAUACAACACACACACACACUCCUUCCCACUUGGUACACUCUAGAAACAGCUGUAGCACCUAUUCUGAAUGCAUACAUUGGCUCCAACAUUGUAAGAGAGAAUCGAAUAGUGGGGUGGUCUCAUUACUCUCUCAGCCGCUAGAAGGCAUUUAUCUGCUUCUUCUGCAAAGCUCUCAGGAACCAGGAGAGGAAUUGUUAAACCUCUUUGAAAGGAAAAGUUAAACCUCUUUGCAAAGGGGCACAACUGUAACAUAGCACGACUCUGAAUUUUAUUGGACACUGAGGAUGGAGUAAAACUUCUUUUCCAGUUUCUGUUGAAGGAAACAGGAUUGGCAGGGAAGAGCACAGUUUACACAUCUCUCUCUCUCUGUAUACGUUUUUCAUAAAUAGUUUUGGUUUGUGUGUUUGGAAUAGAUACUUCUCAUUUCUUUAGUGGUUGGUUUACAUGUCUGGCUUAAGGGGAACAUUAAAACUCUGUAGUGAUCUCUUCUGA